AUGAAGUUGUUGGUUUGCAGUUUCUUACUGUUGGUGAUUUUGGAAGAAUAUAAUUGUAAGCCGCACUUUACCCACGCAAUUUUAAAAGCAAUAGGAAGAAAUGAUAAGCACCAUCGUACAUACAUCUUACCUGUAUAUGUUCCUGUAGCGCCACUCCAGUACCCUUUAAAUAGUUUUAAUCCUUAUAAUCGGCACCCCUCGUACCCUUCGAACUAUGGACAAAAUAAUGGACCAGUGGAUGAUGGAAUAUGGCGAGGGAAUUCGUACCAGGGACAAUACAGUUAUUUGCAGCCACCCGCAUAUAACUCAUUCCAGAAUGGUUUACCGAAUGCCAUAAAUUCACUGUAUGGUAACCCGUCUUCAACGAAUGUUACCCCGUAUUUCACGAAUGGUACACCGAAUCAAUUUAAUGGAUCUCCGUAUUCAGCGAACCCAAACCAAAUAAAUGUUAACAAUACUCCUUAUUCAACGAACCCAAACCAAGUUAACAAUACUCCGUAUUCAACGAACCCGAACCAAGUUAAUAAUACUCCUUAUUCAACGAACCCAAACCAAGUUAAUAGUACUCCGUAUUCAACUAACCUAAAUCAAGUCAAUGGUACUCCGUAUUCAACGAACCCAAACCAAGUCAAUCGUACUCCGUAUUCAACGAAUGGUACACCGAAUGGAAUAUCUGCAACGCAACAGUCUUGGUCUAAUGUCAUACCUUCAACUACUCCAUCUGUGAAAGUCGUUUGA